GUUCCUCACGGCGACGCGACUGGUUCAUCUCUUCCCACUGUGAGAAGCGCUCUCAUACUGACACUCUUUGAUCUCACAUUCUUUUACUCGUCUGCUUCGAAAGCCUCUCAACGAAGAGUCUCUCUCUUGAACGUCACCCGACUUCGGGCUCAGCGUGACUAAGUCGUUUUCGCCAGUUUCGUCACGCGUCAUCUUGCCUCGCUUCAUCUCCGAUACAGGAUCAACUUGCGCACCUUUGCUACUCACCAUACCGACUUGGUGCUGCCCCACGUGUCGCUCUGCGUCUCUAACAGUGCUAUAUUUGCACGUACCGGCGGAAUAUCAUCCAGAACUUGGACGAAACGCUGGGAAACGCCGGGUAACGCCGCCCGAGCUAUACUAGACCUCAGUGGUAUACCAAGGCACGCAUGUAAAGGUUUCAGAAGCGCAUACGACAUAUAACGCUUAUACCGCGAUAGUGGUAUAUACAUGGGCCACCAUGGCUUCGGAAAGCCAAGAUGAUGAUGCCGUCCGGUCGUUCGAACAGCCCGACUCUGACCUACCUCCACUGCCGACCGCCGAUGAUGACAGCUUUUUGAACAACAAGAGCGAGGUGAACCGAAGUCCUGCUGAGAUAGAUGGUAGUGCUUUGAUGGAGAAAGAAAUGAGGAGAAGGCUGAUGGACAUGGAAUCAAGUUUUCUGCCCGAUGUAACAGCUGGUCAGGAUAUAGGAGGCCUGACUGGAGUUGAUGAUACAUUUGUUUUCGGGGGGCGCGCGAUUACAGACCGUGAGGAACGCAGACCAUGGCUUCUUGAACCUCAUCGCGAGGAGGAGCGUGACUGGCUCCGGGGGACGGAACACGAAGACCAGGACCAGGAUCAGGAUCAGGAUCAGGAUCAGGACCAUGACCAUGGAGACCAGGAAUCCCCUUUGACCCCUGCAGACGCUUAUAAGACACCUGCCGCAAGACUAUCAAAGUCUCGUUCCACGCACACAGAACUUGAUGACAUGCCGGAUUAUGAAGGAGGUGCGUCGACAUCGGAAAAUGUACCGUCGUCGCCGUUGGCAGCUGCAGCACAACGAAACGCAUCGAGAGCUGUGGCCGAUGUCCGUAACGAGGUUGAGAGUCCUCCUAGCGCGUCAGCAGAUGAGCCUCAGAGGACUCACUCUCGUGCCUCAACGGUCAAAGCCACUGAGCCCCGGCUUGACAUUGAUGAAUCUGCUCUCGAUGAGGUAAACUCCAGCUUUUCGAUGGCAGAAGUAUCGUUGCCUACCAUCUCUCGAAAAGUCUCUAGUGCGCCUUCCUUACAUGUUCAGAAGCGACCGCACUACCUGAGGAACAGAUAUGCAAGCCAACGAUCUUCGCAAUCAUCUAUCGCCAAUCGGUCAGAUGUAUCCGGAGAAGGCACGAGUGAAGGCACUCUCGGCGCGGACUAUGCUUUGCAGAGCGGAGGUGCAGUCUCCUCGUUUCAUGGUCGGGGGCAGAACCGUGUGAGCAUGGCUUUGUCACGCCUACCCAGCCUCGGGAGCAUUGCUUCGUCUAUGUCAGGAGAAGACUCAUACGUGGACUCUACCAAUCCCCUGGGCAACGCAAGGGUACCAGCUACUGUGGAUGUUGGACGCGACGCAAGCCUUGGCGCGUUGCGCGAGGAGACCGCGACUACUCCCCUCGCGUCUACUUUUCCUUCUCAUCUACAAAGAACUCUCCCAAUCGCGCCUACGGACACAAUCAUCUCAAAGCAAGUGUCAUCCAUCAAAGUUCCACUCAAUACAGCCAGAGAAUAUAGCAGAAGACAACAGCAACGCGACCUAGUCAAGAUGGAUCCGUUUGAUCCUGUCGUCGCUUCUCCAUAUAAGAACCCAUACCCAGCGAGUCUCAGCCUUAAAGAGCAGAACUCCAAGAUUGAAACCCUAUCCAAAGAAAACUUUGCACUUAAACUGAAGAUCUUCUUCCUCGAUGAGACCUUAGCCAAACGAUCUGAUGAAAAUGUUCAAAAGAUCAUAGAUGAAAACGUCCGGCUACAAGCCGCCUUAGUCUUGCAACAGAAGGAAGCAAUCUCACAGCGUCAAAGAAUCAAGGAUCUUAACAAGAAGGUGCUCUUCGCACAAGAAGGCACUUCCUCCACACGUCCUUGCACGCGUGACUCCAAUGUUAACAGUGAUAAUUCAGACUUCGAUGCAAAAACUAGUGCAGACCUUCUCGUUCACGAAGAUGAAAUCCUAGAGCAUGAAGUCCAAAUAGAAACGCUUGAAGAGAGAGUAGAAUAUUGGCGCAAUGAAGCAAUGCGCGAGAAGUUGGAAUGUAGACGUAUGGCUGAGUUCAUCAAAACGAUGGAAGGCGCGUCUUUCAAAACAGGGUCAGCUAACAUUGAGGAAGACCUACAGGACGUCUACGAGCAAGAAGCACAAGUGCUCUGUGACGAGCGCAAUGAAGCGCAUGCCUACCGUUCAGCUGCCGAACAAGAAGCUCUAACCCUGCAUCAACGCGUUCACAGCCUUCAAGCCCAACUUAAUGAGCGCUCCAAGCAGCUCGCAUUGGCGCCACGAUCUCGAUCAUCAUCAAAUGUCUCAAUCAAGGAACUAUGGCCCAGAACGCCCUUGAGAUCGGAGACUCUUACCAAAGAACGUGAAGAGAUCAUUGUCUUGCAGCGACAAUUGAAUGCCCAAACAUCCAUGUUGGCCUCCCGAAACCGGGAACGCGAACGCCUACAGCAAGAAAUUGAAGAACUCAAACGCACACAUCGAUAUGCAGACGCGUCGAAGUCGGUUUCCGGUGACAGUAUUCUUGAAAGAUCAGUCUCUCGUGCCUAUAAUCGUCAAGAUGGAGCCUCAUCUGCUACAACUUUGGCCGACCAAGAGCGCGAAGCCUAUGAAGAUAAACAAACCUCGAUUCGCAACGAACUCUUACGGAUCAAAAUGACCAACCAAGACCUCGAACGAGAAUUCAAUAAUCAUCUUGACAUUCUGUCGAACGUCGAGGAGGAGAACGUUACUCUGAAGAUUGAGAGGGACGAAGCACUCCAGGACGCACAGGAACUUCAGUCCGAACGAGAUGAUCUUCUACGAACUGUAGAAUCCAAAGAACACGAGUAUAAGGAUCUUGAGCAAGAAGCUCUCCGUGAACUUCAAGAACUGGAACGACAGCUUGCCUCUACGAAAGACCAUACGGCGCAGCUACGACGAGAGCUCACACACCGCAACGAGGACUUCGAAGCUUUACAGUCAGAAAUGAGGAACGUAAGCAGCCGUGUUGUUCAGCUCGAAGACAAUGAUCACGCAAAGAGCCGAAAAAUUCAAUCUCUCGAGCGUGAAUUAGACAGCGCUAGCCGUGAACUGUCCAUCAUGGACGAACAAUGCCAAAGCCUGAGCAACAAGAACGAGAGACUCGAUAUCCAACUAGAGUCAACACAAUCUGAAGCUGCAUUCCUGCGAGACGAGCAAGAGACUGACAAGAUCAAAAUCGGCGAACUAGAGGUCAGCUUGACAGCGAGCGAAGCUUCGUUGCAGGAGCAGAAAGAUAAAGUUCACGACCUUCAGCAACAGUAUGCAGAAGAGAAGCAGCAAAGAGAAGCGAUGAGUUCCAAAGAAAAGUCCGAAGUGCAGAGAUUUAUCGACGACUUGAACCACCAACUCUCGAUAAUCAGGGACGAGAAUCGGAGGCUGAAGAAGAGCCUGACCACAAAGGAGGUCGAAGCCGAGAGCUGGAAGACAAGGUUGAAUGAGCUCGAGAGUAACCUUAAAGAGGCAUUAGGGUCGUUGGACGGAACAAAAUCGAGUUGGGUUCGUGAGAUUACUAAGAUUCAAACUGAGCUCGACACUACUAUACAAGGAUUGAGAGAUGCUAAGAACGAACUGGCGGAAAGAGAAAGACUUUUGCGUACCAGAGACACUCUUCUUGAAAAUGCAGGCCUCGAAACACGUAGGGUAACGGAACUCCUUGAAAAGGAGCGACAAGGACGUCGUCAAGAUCGCGCCCGCCAUGAACAGGUUGAGCGAUCAUCAUACGUCAUGUCUCAGGCGCAGCAGAAACAAGAAGGGCGCAUUGCGGAGCUUGAGAAAAGCAGACAAUCAGACCGACGCAAGGCUACAGCCAACGAAACGCAAUACCGCGAUCAAUUAGUCGAGCGACACAAUCUACUUCUUGCCACCUGGAACCGUCUUUCGACGCUUUGUGGCACAGAAUGGGCGAAAGAGCAUGCCUUGAUCAACAAAGAGCUUCCGAGCAUUGAGAGCAUUGGAAAACAUUUCCCAGCGUUCAGUAAGAACCUCAUCCUGGCUAUCAAGAGCAUCGAGAGCGUGGUUGGUAGCUUUCGGACUAACGUCCGCGGCAUUGAACGCGACUUGAUCAAGGAAUUCCAAACGCUUGAACAUACGCUGGACAUCCGUUCCAAAAGAAUCGACAGCCUCGAAAAGGUCGUACUUGGCUCCAGCGGCUCUAAGAUCCCUAAGCCACCAUCAACCAGUCACAGCGUCGGCAGCUCUUUAUUACGCCAUCAUUCAGCUGAUGCAGUACCAACAACAAGCGAUGAUACCAAUUCCGGCGAGACAGACCAGCGCUGGAUAAGCCGUCUCAAGGAACUUGAGAGACGACUGAAAGCAGAGAGAGAGGCGAGACUGCUGGAUCGCAGUGGCGCGAGGCGCAGGUUGGAGGAGGAGCGCACUGAGAAUGAGGAACUCAGGCAAAUGCUAGAGCGCGAGAAGGGCAAGAGGGUCGCAGAAUAGGGGGUUUUCACCUUUUUAACACGUGAGAAAUUAUGAAGGAGUCAAGCAGAAACAUGUAUUAUAACGCAGACAUCCUCAUCAGCACAGCAAGCAU